AUGUACAGCAGUAAGGCCAAAUUUGACAUACCUGAAGGUUUAACUGCGAAGAAGAAGGUUAUGUCCACCGUUGGGACCAGAUGGAGGCAAUUUAAGUCCUCCCUGACGACCAGAUAUGUAUAUGCUGAGAAUGACGAUGAACAAAACAAGGAUCCAUCUGCUAAGUAUGGUAUUGAUCGAAAUACAUGGGAAGAAUUUGCAAAGACUCGACAGACCCCUACUUGGAAGGGAAUACGCAAAAAAGCACAGGAAAUUCAAAAAUUCAAUGAAUCUCCCCAUGUACUCUCUCGUGGAGGCUACGAUGUGCUUGAAAAAAAAUUAAUGGCCGAGAAAACAAAGUCAAGACUGAAUGAAGGUGACAAUAGUCAAAAUGCAGAUAUGGUCGUCGACCCUCCAUCCCCUAUUGCGAGACAUGAGAAGUGGAAAAAGGCUAGGACAAACAAAUUUGGACAAAUGACAUCUGCAGCAGCUCAAGAAAUCGCAGACAAAAUUGAUGAAUUACAAGAACAAGCUAAACAGGGAGCUUUUGUCCCACAUGGUCGUCAAGACAUCCUAAACACUGCCAUUGGUCGUCCAGAGCAUCCUGGAUGUGUUCGUGUCGGUGGACAUGGUGUGACCAUAACCAGCUACUUUGGACAUGCUUCCUGUGGGUCCCACAGUUCUUCGCCUGCGAUCACCGCCGAAAGAUUGGUUGAAAUCAUGCAAAGUAUAAAGCAAGAGGUGAAGAAAGAGGUAGAAGACGAGAACAAAGACCGUAUGGACAAGAUGAAAAUGGAGUUGGAUGCGAUCAAGAGUGAAUUAUCCCAAAUUCAUACGCAACAGUCAGCUCCCCCAAGACCGUCUAACCCUGACAUAUUUGUUGCACGUGUUAGCACGAAAGAGAGUUGUGCUGAAGCUGCUAAUAAUGUUGUUGGUAACGAGCGGUCUACAUUUGAUACAUGUAGUAUGGGCUUCUACAUUGUUUGUGGUGACAGUACAUAGCUGGUGGCAGGGGGAAAGGUCUUUGGAGUAGGUGGCACGAUACACACUGUUGCUUAUGGAGAUGAUGUAGUAAGGGUGUGUGUUGACACUGUAUACGAUGCUGAAGCCAUUGUCCCGUUACCCACUUCAGAGAUUCAGUAUGUCAGGGACGCCGUGAACUCAUUCAUUGGAUGGCCCAGACAUCUAGUGAAACCUUUAUCUUAUGAUUCUGACCUUAAUGUGCGGAAGCCAGUUGAACAUAGUAGUGAUGCAAAGCUUGCAGGUGAAUCCGAUCCAUUGGGAGAGUUGAUGAAGAUAUUGUUUUAUGUGUACCAGAAUCCAGUGGAAGUGCCGUGGGAGGCUCACCAAUUUGGACUUCCUGAGAUUGGGGCAAAAUUUUACAUCACACAUGCAGAUCUAGCAGAAAUAAUAUCAGGUGACAAGUGUUUAAAUAUAGCGAUACUACAAUUGUG